CUAGUUGACAAACCUUGUGGGUUUCAAUUAAAUUCAGUGGGCGUGAGAGAUGGCACAUAAAGACCUAAUAUUGUAGUGCUUUAUUAUCGGUCAAUGAUUAAGUAUCGAAUGAGGGUCUCAGACAGUCUAUAUCUAAUUUCAAAUAAAAUGCAAUAGUCCAGUUAUCCAUGUACAAUACAUCUAAAUUUUAAAUUGUACGUAAGAACUACAACAGCUAAAGAUCUAUCGUAUCAAAGUGAACUUUUUCAUUCUCAUUAGCCUAACGUUAAAACAACACCUCAUAAACUUUAUUUAACGACGUGGCAUGUUCCUUCAUGUUAAUUACAAUGCGAAUUAUAGAAAAAGAAAAGGGAAACUCUAACCAGUGGAACCGCGAUCGAACAAUAAGAUCGCUGGGCCUGUCAGACAGCGUUCGGUAAACCGUGACGGUAGACAGUCGUGCAUAUAUACGUACCGUUUAAUUACUUAUUUUUUCUCGUCGCUCUAAAAAGCCACCGAUGUGUAAUAUGUACAGUCUUUUGUACGCUGUGUGGGGCUUCUGUGUGCGCGCGUAAAGCACAACGAUUGUACGUCAAAGUGGGCAGUGAAUCUCCGCGGGCCGCACAGCGCGGACGUUAUAUCGCGGCUUCGCCGCGCGAAUAUGUUCAAACGUGUGUGAAGAGUAAACUGUUAUUUUUUUCGUCGUCUAGUCCAUCCUUUCAGUCACGUUCGCUAUCGAUUCGUCAUUUGGCCUCGACGUCAAAGCCGUGUCGCACGAGAACAGUCUAUAAAUCAUCUUGCGAAUUGAUCUGAAGACUUUUGGUAUUUUAUAAUUUCUGUGAAAGACUCUUCAAAUACUUACGUGUAUCCCAUUUAGUUGAUUAUCCAGUUGUAGCCGAGUGUUGUUAUCUCGUAACUUUUACUUUUUAUUUUUAUCGAAAUCGAUACGGAUUCCUAAUGGAAGCGAACACUGUAACCACUCGGCCAGCCAGUUUAGUCGAAGCCCGAGUAAAAUAUUAACGAGGAUUUAUUUCGUUUAUCAUCGCUGUUUAGAAUAGUUCAUGAAAUUUGUUUAUCAAAAACAUUAGUUUCGAACUGUAUCUUCAUGAUGCAUCGAAUCAUCAUGUAUUUUCUUUCGUAAUCAGAAGUCGCGUCUCAGAAGACAGACGUCGGUGUUGCUUGCAAUUCUUUCGAGCGCAACCGCGUGGCUUUCCAUUGACAACUCACGCGCGAAUUAAUUACUCAUAACAGGAAUUCGUCGAUGCAAAUACUAUCUGCUAUUCGAAUCGCGUCGUUCCUCGGGUGGAACAGGCGAACUCGUUUCUUUACGCUCUUCUACCCGCGAAACAUGAUUCUUUUAAUGUAUAUAAAAGACUCGAAAACGUAUUGUUCCAGUUCCUUUGUGAAUACAUAAAGCGAUCUCUUGUCAAAGGAAACUGAAAUUGUGAAAAACUUAGCUCGAAGAUGGAUAAACUUUUAUUUCAAGUAGAACAAAAAGGAACUUAAUCUUCCGUAUUCUUUUUGCUGUCGCAACUUAUUCUAGCUGGGUAUGAGCAAUCGUCUAAUAAAAUUGGGGCCACCGGUUUUGCAGUUUGAUACGAUUCAAGCUAAAGAUACAUCGCGAGUGAAACCGUACAAAGAAGCAGAACUACAGAAUCCACACGUGUUUGCAAAUGAUGACAAGAAGUAAUUUCCUUCGAACCUGUGCGCGAAGUGGUGAAGCCUUUUAAUAAUAAACAGAGUAAAGUGAACCAUUUUUAUAUCAGAAUCACAUCUAUAUUUGUAGACCCUUUAUAAUUAUACAUAUAUGUGUAUCUAUAUUCUGUAAUCAGCAUUUAAAAACGUUACUAAGAUAAUAAAUCGAACCAAAGAAAUUGUGGAGAAACCUGUAAAGAAACUAAUAAAGUGUCUUGAUAAGAACGAUACAAUUAAUGUGCGACGUCAGCCGCGAUCGUGCCAGCAAAUAAACGAAGAUUCUAAUGAAAUUAAUGAACGUGUCCCGUGAAGUUAUUGCACCGAAGAGAAUCAAGAGAAGUGGUUCGAACGAUCGCACGUGCUCAACGGAUUGACGAGAAUUUUUGAUAGAAUGGCUGCGCGUACCGAACGCUGUGAAGAAUUAACCGUUAUGACGUGGUACAGCAACGAGAGGACUUUAGAUAGAAGUAGCUCACGAGGAUUCCAUUCCUAUUUUAAGAACAUCCGCGAUCACAGUUUCUGAGAGAAAACUGGAAAUAAUCGUGUGAGGAGACACAUCGUCGAUAAUCGAUAAUAGCAUAACGGAACCAAUGCCUUAACGAAUCGCGGAAAUAACGGGUCUUGAAGUUUCCAUUAUUUUUCUGUGACUGACGAGUGUUACAUGUGCUGUCGUGUGUGAAAUAAAAUAAAUUGGGCCAGUGAUAUAGAAGAGAGGGAAAAAUAUGGAAGGGAGGCCGAAAAUUGAAAUCGUCCGCGUACCUGCGAACGAGCGCGGUAACGUCCGGUCCCUAGACGGUGUCCGUAGCAGUUACAGCCACAUUCGUGUGGGCACGUACUGCCCGGAACCGGAAGUCAAAGUGGUAGUUUGCGGGAGCAAACCGCCUAUCGAACAGACACGGAAGUUCAAAAAGAAUUUGGGACCAGUUUCGAAACUGCUCAGACGUCGACACCAGACCACAUAUCUUGCUACAAAAUCUUGUGAUAACAUUUAUACCGUGAAUAGAAGCAGUAGUUCUUUAGAUUGGCGGAUUAAUCAAACGACGCGCGAACAAGGCUUUCAAUCGCGUCAGAGCAGCAGUCUAGAUUGGCGAGUUGGAAGAUCAAUUAACAAACUGCAUUGGAGGGACACAACGCGUAGCGCCGAACAGCUUUCGAGGAGUGGAGCGAUUAGCUCUGAUCACCUUCAAACUCCUAGCACGAAAUCGAAACUGAUUUCGCUGCUACGACGACUCUCUCCUCGACUUUCUCGCCCGGGAAGCAAGAAUUCCUUGCAAGCGUCACCGACGACCUGUCCCUGGGUGCAAGUAGAGUAUUCCUCGGAGUCGAUUAAUGAUGGGUUGCAAGAAGAUUCACAAGAAAACGAUAUGAGCUUCCAGAGAGAGUUGCAACUGAACGAACUUCGAAAACGCAUGGCCGGGAUUCCUAGUACUCAGGUCACCACGAAAAUCAUUAAGGAUGGCAAGGAACAGCAAAGCUUUGCACAACCUGGGACGCAACAGCAACCUGAAAGCAAUUAUAGUAGCGCUUCCAAAUCUGUGCACGAGGGCUGCGGAGACGAGGAUCGUCGACGAGCUAGUGGGCAAACGCGCGGCAGCGGUGGCGAGGUAGCUGGCCUGGAAGACGCCGGCGACUUGUGCGCCGCGACGCUGACGCCGUCGGUCACAGGCGCCGCCGGCAUCAGGUCAAAUCGCCGCAUCAGGCCACUCUCUUUAGCAGUACAACCGCUCAAUUAUCGUCGCCUAGACCCGGAUUCGAGAAACGCCAUCAACAUCGUCACCGGGCAUCAUCCUAACAUGACUAGCCAGGAGAGCAUCGGUAGCUGCAGCCUGGACAUCGACCAGUCCGUGUCCGACCGAUCAGAAAACACCGUAGACAAUAUAUCGAAGAAAACGUUACACAGUUUGAAUUUAUCUUGCAACGGUGACUCGGUGCCUUUGUCGGAAAAUCUGGCAAACGGUAGCAGUGAGACACUGCAAAAGUCUCACCUGACGCCAGAUGAGAAAUUAAACGUCAGCAAUGGUCAUCGACGUAGUCCAGAACCAGAGCAGCUGACAGUGAAGAAACCGAGUUACUUGGGCCUAGCCUGUAGCAUCAGCGGUUAUUCGGGGAUCAACAGAUACGAUAGCAAAUUCAGGGAAGGAUUCCGAUCGAGGGACAGCAGUCCUGGCACUAGAUUAAUCACCAGAGACACCAGCCCAGCAGGUUUCCGAUCGAACGAAACUCUUAACGUGCCAGCGCAUCCAUAUCCUAAGAGUCAGUCAAUUUCACCUCUAGCAAUGGAUAGACAAAAAGGUUUCUCAAACGGUAUCAAGGAAGAAUGUAAAGUGGAAGCUUACAGAGAAUCGAGAAGUUCGAUAGGCAUAUGCCAAGGUUAUUCAGAGGUAGACAAAGGUGUGGUACAUUCUGGGUUUUCGGACAUCAGUCCCAUCAGGGCAUCUACACCAUCGAAACGCAGCCCUGGUAUGUCGCAGAUGAUGUCUUGUAGUCAACAAAACAAGCAUUUCUCGAUGUCCUCUCCGAAACAAGCUACAGCUAAUCUUACAAACGCAUCGUUCAGUGAUACGAGUAUAUUGAACGGUUCAUCGGAAGAGACGGAAGGGCACACGUUGAACACCACGUCAAGCAGCGAGAAAUCUUUUAUCCAGCAACGAGUAGAACGGCUCUACGGUCCAGGUGCCCUCGCUCAGGGCUUUUUCUUCAAACGUAGCAUCAACAGAUCAAACACAAGCAAUAGUUUCAACAAGUCGAGUAACAACAAUGACGUGUCGGCGGAGAAUGCGAACACCGAGGAAUCCCUGAAGAAUCUGCCAGUGUUGAGACAUCUGAGACCGGAGUUCCGAGCUCAACUCCCCGUGGUCAGUCCCAGAAGACCUACGGAUGGUUCGGAACAAGUUCUUAAACCUCCGCAAAGGCUGACGUCAUCACGGAAAGUUGAGCAGAAACCAAAAACGCCGAUCGCUUCGAAUUUAGACGAGAAACUAGCGAACAGUGGCGCGCAGAAACUAAACUCUAGUGUGACCAGCAUCCCGGAUCAGCAACCAGCCGCGCCCAAAGUAGUUUUACCCGUGUUGGAGCCAAGCGCCAGUUCGACGAAUGUUGCGAAACAGGUUCAGGAAACGGAGAAAACGAUCGAGGAAAAGAAUGGACAUUACUUUAUCAAGCUGCUGAAACAAGAGACGGACAGACUUCUCUUGUUAGCUGCGUCAGCGGAAGCGGAAUUGGCUAGCGGCGAUACUGUCGCACUUCCGGAAGAGGCAGCCGGAAAACUGCGUUCAGCUGCGGGCAAAGCCAGACUGCUAGCUUCGCAAAAAAUGCAACAGUUCGAGGGAUUGUGUCAGAAAAAUAUUAAUCAAGUGCCGGGGGAGGAAUUUCCGACCACGAACGAAGAUCUAGCUGGGUUCUGGGACAUGGUGAUGCUACAAGUGGUCCAAGUAAACAAUCUGUUUGAUCAGAUUGAAAAAUUACGAAGUUCCCAGUGGCAAGAGACGGUCCCGGAGAAAAAAACAGUCGCUCCGGCCCCGCAAAACGGUAGCACGGCGAAACGCCGCGUCGCUCCAAUUCACAAGCCAAAAUCGACGGCGAACAGCGAGGCGAACAAGAAAGCGAGGGAAGCCAGGGAACAGGCCAGAAGGCAACUGAUCGAGGAGAGAAGACGAGCGAUGCGGUCGAAUGCGCAAAAUUCCGAGAAUACCGUGAAGAUCUUUGCCCCCGAUACAUAACGAUAAAAAGGGCGACGGAUUUGUAUCGAUAAUUCAGUAGCAGCGUUUCCGGUUACGGUUCACGCUUCGAGCCAAAUCAAACCGCGGUAUUUUUUAUGCAUUUUCGUAAAAGCAGCCUGACGAAUAAUUCGCGGGGAUUUUUUUUUGUAAACAAUUUACGACACACGCUGCUCAGUGUUGCGUUUGCACGCGCCCAGAUAGUUAAAUAAUUUGAUCACAAUUAUGCGUCAGACUGCUAUACUAGGGACUUGACUAUGAACGAUAUAGUACGAUUACAAUCAAACUCACUUUACAUAAUCGACAGAGUUGAAGAACUUGCCUUUGCAAACAAGAAAGAGAAAGAUUUUUUACAGAAUGACAUUGGAAAAGUACUAAAUGAAUUGGUUUAAUCGCAGAUAACACGUUUUUAACUAUUUUUACGGUGUAUUUUAUUACGGUGUUUUCGUCGCGCGCUUUAAACACGUUCGAUUCACUUCUGUUUUAUACGCUGUGAUGUCUCGUGCUAAUCUUGUUACGUUUCAUAUCGAUUUUAUGCUUUCGUUUCAUUUAUACGAUAUUUAGUGUUCAUUCUCGCGAACAGAAUAACGCAGUAUGCGUUGAAGCAUUUCUUAACUCCGUGUUUCUUUAAAAAAAAGUGUAUCUCGUUAGCAAAAGAACAAAGAAAUGGAUCAAACCAGAAUAAAUGAAGAGCAAAUUAAAAUCAUCGGUAAUAGAAAAAACAGCAUUGGGAGACUGCCUUUCGUUGAUAGAAAAUUUUUUUAUAAGAUAGGACAGAAGAAUUUACUCGAGCAGGCCUGACAGAUCAUAUUUCUAUAUCGCGUUUAUAGCAAUCAAUUAUAUUUAUACAAAUCGCAUGGAGAACUAUUAACGAUCGCAUAAUAAGAAAGAGCCUAUAAUUAAUCAUGGAAGUUAGUCAAAAGAGAAAUGAUACACUCUGACGAAGCAAAAAGAAGAUCUGAGAAAGAUCAUAAGUCACAAGUUAAACCAGAGAGAAAGAUUCCUAUUAUUUUUAUUAUCAUCCCCACAGUUUCUGUAAUGCCUAACUACUAUUAUUUUAUUCCCAACAUUUAAAUCCCUUUCGCGAGGAAGGAACAUCGUGAUCGCGAAUCAAUUUUGCGGUUUACAUAGAAGACAAAAGAAUCUUCAGAGUCCCAACGCAAAAUGGUAGGAUUUAACGUGUCUCAACUGACAUUCCCGUAGAGAGACGGUCUUGGAACGCCCGAUAGUUUAGUUCCCACGUUAAUUUUAAGAUAUAUUCUGCUAGAUGAACAGGCGUCAGGUGUAAUUAGUGCUCAUCCAACCAAAUAAUAAUAUGCGCUAUCUAAUUAAAUACUCAGUAUGUUGUGUGUGUCGCGAUAUUCACGAUGCGGUUAUUUUGAUUAAAGUACGCUGGGUGAGUUUCGAUUCAAUGCGCGUUGGGAGAAAAAAGAAUAAUGCAGUAAUAAAUGUUUUCAAAAUAUCGUUCUGCUCGCGAUAUUAUGCAGGAUCACGUUUGUCAGCUCGCGUUAUUUAUUGACUGUUGAUUCCCCUGGUGCCUUGAUUAUUUAUACGUGUGUACAUACAUAAAUAUCGACUGAGAUAGCCGACGAUUCGCAUGUCUGAUCGCUUCCGAACUAUUGCUAGACCGCAGACAGAUCGCGGAACAGCAAUUAAGUCGAUAAAUGAGAAUGAAAUGAAGACACGUUGCGUUGUGGAGUGUUUAGUUUCGCGUUGAUCUGUUUUAAUUGAUUGAUUGAUCGGUGGAUUAAUAAUUCCGUUGCGCGAUGUGCAAUAAUAGAUGUUGCUAAAAAUCAUUCGGUUUUGUUCUCAUUUAUCCGUUCUAAACGCCUAACAUCGAUGAGAAAGACGAUCUAUUUUAGAUUUCUAUACACAGCAAGUUUCGUCGGAAUCUUUCGUGAAACAUAACUGCGCGCGAGCAUAUAGAUUAAUUUUUUUAUUGCAACAAUCGUGUGCGACUGUAGAUAAUCGUGAUAGAUUAAAUAAUUGCGUGUGGUUGGAACGAAACAAGCGACUGUAGGCAAAAAUGUAAUCAUGUAAUUUACAGAGAUCGAUAUUACGUGUCGCGUAAGUAAGUUUGCCAGCAAGACAGAAAAUUCGCACACUAUUACAUUACACUUUCGUUAUAUUUAUCUUCUUCUUUUAGUUUCCUUCGUUUGUUUAGUUACAUCUCGACAUACUGUUGUAUAGACCGCGUUUAGGGGCUCGAUUCACACGUAGUAAUUUAUAUUCAGAACAGUUUCCCCGUCGCGUCGCUUCUUCUGUAAGAUCCGUAUCCGCCGCCGAAUUUCUUUUUUCUUUCGAGAAAUCGAUCCAAAGUGUGUAGAUACAUAUGUACGUACGUCUAAGAGGGUAAUUGUUUCGACCAUAUUUCUUAAACGUCUUAUAUACUUAUUUCUUUCUAUUCAUCAAGACUAUCACCACAGAUGACUGACUCUUUAUUUAAAAAAUUCCGCGUUUUUUAUUGUGUGCGAAAUCAAGUAGCUUUCUCGAAACGACCGUUCGAUCAUCGAACGUUUUCCUUUUCCUUCUUUUUUUACGCGGAUAAACAGUUACGAUUAUUUAUUUAUUAGAUUCUAGUAAGUUGUCCAUACAAUUUGUUCUUAAUGAAUUAAUAAAAAACGGACGGACAACAAAUGCUACCUGUCCUAGUAAAAAGGA